AGUUGCUGACUAACUUGUUCUUGUCUUAAGCUCGAGGAAGCCGUAGUCGCUGGUUUCUAGUUAACGAGUACACGCGGUUUUCUUCACAUUCACGUCUAGUGCUCGGAUAUGGAUUCAGCAGCACUUGCUGGAUAAUAUCUAUAUAAAUGGACUGUUAUUAGUGUUUCCGUUAUGUGGCGGCUGUCGUGCGACCGCCGUCCGGCUUUAAGAGUUAAGUUAUUUCUUACACAUAAAAGUACAUAAAAUAAAGGUAUUUGUGCGUGCGCGGUGCUGAAAAGUUGCCAGUUGCGACAAUUAGAAAUGUGGCUAUCAUUUAAUUGCUAACAUUUGCAUCGAUCACCGCCAAAGGGCCGUCCAAAGAUGGGGAGCUUUCAAAACCAACUGUGGCGACUAUCACCAACGCCAGUCAUUUGUUGCAUCUCAUGUUACCUUCUGGCUAUUAUUCACGUCGUACUCGGAGCCGGUGAUAUAUGGCCGUUGGACAGGCCGGAUGGAAUGCCUUCAAUUCAGUCUUUGGAAGUGAUGUGCGGUAAAGAUCACAUGGACGUCCAUUUAUCGUUUUCACAUCCGUUCGAAGGAAUAGUGUCAUCGAAAGGUCAGCACAGUGACCCUCGUUGUGUGUACGUGCCGCCGUCGAGUGGACAAACAUUUUUUUCAUUUCGAAUUGCUUACACGCGUUGUGGUACUAAGCCAGAUCUGCACGGUCAGUUUUACGAAAAUACGGUCGUCGUGCAAUAUGACAAAGACUUACUGGAGGUGUGGGACGAGGCGAAACGUUUACGUUGUGAAUGGUUCAACGAUUACGAGAAGACGGCCUCAAAACCUCCAAUGGUCAUCGCCGAUUUAGACGUAGUGCAACUCGAUUUCAGAGGCGAUAACGUCGACUGUUGGAUGGAGAUACAGCACGGAAAGGGACCUUGGGCUCCACCGGUUAGUGGAAUUGUUCCUUUGGGAUCAACCCUCACUCUCGUAGUGGCAAUUAAUGACUAUCGAGGAGAAUUUGAUAUGAGGGUGAAAUCUUGCAUCGCCUCCGACGGUGGGGGUCACGUAAUUCAGCUGUCGGACGAGUUCGGUUGCGUACUACGUCCAAAGAUGAUAAGUCGAUUCUUAAAGGCAAGAGGUGCCGAUGAAAGAGCGUCGGUGAUCACUUACGCCUUUUUCCACGCGUUCAAAUUCCCAGACGCCCUAAGUGUUCACAUAAAGUGCAAGGUGGAGAUAUGUAGGCACGGGUGUCUGGACCACUGUCAGUUACAACACGGCGCCGGUGAACUCGACAACGGUCAUUUCUCGGGUCCGAUCGAUCGUAAGGAUGUGAGCAAAGAGACGGCGGAUUUCCCCGACCCCGUUGAUAACCGCGACGAUGCGAGCUAUGAUGAUAUCGUGCAGGAAGGUGACGAAGGCGCGGCGAUUGGGGGUAAUCUUCCCCCUAUGAAGAUUCCGUUACGUGGUGAUAUGCCAAAGCCUACUCAGGCCACUAACGUUUACGAGGUCGUAGAGAAUUCCGAUCCGGUUUUAAAUAUUGCCGAAUUGCCCAACAAGAAGCCUUACUCCCGACACGAACAAUUCCCUUACGGACCACGCCAAUUUAAACAAGGAGAAAUCCCGGUGCCCGCCCCACGAAGCAUGUCCCAUGACACCGACGAAGAAACGGUGACGGAAUCGAUACAAAGUUUCACAAAUAAGUCAAGAAGGAAGCGGAAUAUUGUAGUGGCCGAUAGAAAAGUGCGCAGUGCGGAUGUUGGUGUGAGUGGCUUAUACGAAGUCAUCUCAGAGGCCGAUUUGGCCUUUAGCCCCGAUUCGCGUGCGGAAGCAGUAACGGUCUUCCAAGGGAGAAUACGCGAGGAAGUGGUGUACGGAAUUUGCAUGCCAGUGCCUGGUUUCAGUAUUCUAUUCGUUUUAGUAGCAGUGGCGGCGGUAGUAUCCGCACUUGUGGCCGGUACCUUGCUGUACCGCUAUCAAAUGCAAAAGGAACAAAUAGCCCAACGGGCUCAUCAUCAGAAUGGAACAAUAGCAAUGAGUACAUUUGCCAACUGGGUAGGUUUAAGAUUUAAACCUAAACUAGAAAGAACCUCGAUUUCUGAAGCUAAUGGUUCUGCGGACAGCAACAGUGCGACUGUCUCAAAGACUGAAGAUGAGCAAUCACCCGACUGAUGUUACUUCAGGAACGAUUCCUUUGUUGUUAUUUAUUUAUUGGUGCUCAAGUGACUUCGUAGUAAAAACGUAAUAGUAACAAAAUGGGGCCUAUUUGCAAUAUCUAGGUAAAUUAAAAUAUUCGAGUGAUACGCGUUUCAGUAGUGUGCGUAUUUAGUGUAGAUAUAUUUAUUAGACAUUAAUGGUUGGCAAUUUUCUUAUGUCCGGCCACGGACGACUGAUACAUUUACUUAUAAUAUUUAACAGGAAAAGGGUACAAAAUAUGCGCGAAUAUAAAAGAGGGAGGGACCUUUGAUUUUAAACUAAUCUAACAUAGUUAACUGCAUGAUACCAAAAAAAAGGUUUUCUCCAAAACAGGCACAUGCUGUAGGUAGGGUAGUCGUACAUGAUUUUUUGUUGUACAGUUAUUACUAUUAGUUGUUUGUAAAUAACGUUUUUUUUUAAUUUCGCGUGCUGGUGUUUUUUUUAAUGUACAAUUUUAAGUUGAUGACGAGUAAUGCCUAGUAAUUAAAUUAACGCAGGAGUAUAAAAUUUCAUAUUUAGUAUGUAAACAUUUGUGAAACUAAGUCGUUGUAUUGUUCACAAUUUUUGUAGCUAUGUAAUCAUUUUUUGCUCAGUGUUGUCUUUAUUUAGCAAUAAGAGUAUCAAACUUUUUUUUUGUUAAUUUUAAACAAUAGAAACAUAAAGAUAUAAAUUGUA